AUGGAGGAAGAAAGGAUGGAUGGGAAACGUGUUUAUAACCAGGGACUGCCGAGAUUGCUACCACCAGUGCCGUCAACAGAUACUGACAGUAUACGGAUGUUGUACAGUUUCGUGAGAGAACACAUUUUUGAACAACCCUCGUACAUACCCCAAAGGGCACUGUUGGCCUCCCAGAAUGUUGUUAUAAAGCAAAGACCGCUGACUGCUCGGAAGCUGACUCUCAUAAAAUCUCCAGUCGGUUCUUUCAACCUGUUCGUUUUAUGGAUACGUUUAUGCCCGAUACGGAGCUCUUCAACUAUUCUGCAGACAUCGAUGAAGUCUCUGUUCAGCUUCAAGAACCAGAAUCUCCCAACUUAA